GCAGCAGCAGCUGGGAGAGACAGAGACAGACUGAGUGAGUGAAGAGGAGGACAGACAGAGAGAGUUUGUCUUCCAUCCAUGGAGGUUGUGUCCUCAGCAGCAGAGAGGAGGACAGAGGACAGAAGGACUGAGGAGUGAACCUGGAGCCCAUCAUGUCCAGAGAGCAGGAGGUGGAGCGCGUCGCCAGGAAGCUGGACAGGAUGGUGAUGAAGAAGAACACGGACGGAGCUCUGGACCUGCUGAGGGAACUAAAGAACAUCAAGAUGUCUCUGGAGACCCUGCAGUCCACCAGAGUUGGGAUGUCGGUGAACGCGGUGAGGAAACACAGUUCAGAUGAAGAAGUUCAGACUCUGGCCAAAGCUCUCAUCAAGUCCUGGAAGAAGCUGCUGGACGGUUCGGAGGGGAAGUCGUCGGAGGAGAGGAAGAAGGAAGGCUCUCCUGUGAGGUCAUCGUCCACCUCCAAGGACGCCGGCAGCAGCGAGAAAAGCAGUAAGAAGUCGGGGGAUUCCCCAACCACCCCGACCGCCCCCACCGCCCCCACCACACCCACCGCCCCCACCGCCGCCACCCCCCCGAUCCCUCAGGUCACCUCCUUCCCCCCCGCCUCCAUCACCACUGACAGCGUGAGGAACAAGUGUCGAGAGCUGCUGGUGGCGGCGCUGCAGACCGACGAUGACCAUAAGACUGUUGGAGCCCACUGUGAGCAGCUUGCAGCCCACAUUGAGGAAGAGAUCUUUCAGGAGUUUAAGUCGACAGAUAUCAAAUAUAAAACUCGUCUACGGAGCCGGAUCUCCAACCUCAAGGACCAGAAGAAUCCCGAACUGCGACGUAAUGUCCUGUGUGGAAACAUCUCAGCUCGACGCAUCGCCUCCAUGACCGCUGAGGAGAUGGCGAGUGCAGAGCUGAAGCAGAUGAGAGAAGCUCUGACCAAAGAGUCCAUCAGAGAGCAUCAGCUGUCCAAGGUCGGAGGGACGGAGACGGACAUGUUCAUCUGCAACAAGUGUCACGGAAAGAGCUGCUCCUACACACAGGUGCAGAUCCGUAGUGCUGAUGAGCCCAUGACCACCUUCGUGGUGUGUAACAGCUGUGGAAACCGAUGGAAGUUCUGUUGAAGAGGACGUGCGUGUGUGUGUGCGCGUGCAUGUGUGCGUGUGUAUGUGUGUGUGUGUUUUGACUAUAGUGAAUUUGGAUUUAAAAAAAAUAUUAUUUAAUUUUUUUUUGUAUAAUUUAUUUUUUUUAUAUCUAAAAGUGAAAGCUGUAAUAUUAUAUUGUAAUAUAUAAUAUAUAUUUGGAGGAGAAUCUGCCAGUUCAUGUUGUGUUUAUGGUUUCAUUAGUUUUGUACGGAGCACUUAGAGUUUAUUUCUUAUUGAUGAUGAUGAUGAUGAUGAUGAUGAUGAAGAAGCUUUCUUUGACAUGUUGUGAAGCCACAAUAUUUUUGCCCUUAAAACAUUUCUAUUAAAGUGUCUCUUGGAUUAAAAA